AUGGAAGCAGCUUCUUCACUAAAAGAAUUAACAAACACGUUUGAAUAUGAGUCGUGUAAAGAUCUCAUAGAAACACUUCGGUCUCAUUUAUGUUAUGAAAAAGGAGGUAUUAAAUUUUCUAUUCCUCUAUUGGAUGAUAUUAUUGCAUCUUAUAAAAUCAAUGGACUAAAAUAUGGGGAUAUUUUAGAAUUUCAAGGUCCACAUGGCUCAGGAAAACGACAUUUACUUUAUUUUAUUGCAACAACUACUCUUCUUCCUAAAGUUCACAACUUUAAUGGAAAACAAGAACCUAUUGGUGGUAUUAAUGAAGGCAUUGUUCUUUUAGAUUGUAGUGGAAAAUGGAAAACAGACCGUUUAAAAGAAAUUAUGUCUGAAAAAGUGAAAAAGAUAUUUAAAGGAAUUCAAAAAGAUAAUGUACUUGACAAAAAUAAUGAAAAAAAAUGUAUAGAUAAAGAAGUAGACGAAAUAGUGGAGAAAAGUCUUUCUUCUUUAUAUAUUUUUCGGCCUCAAAAUUCAAUAUCUUUGAUAGCUACACUUCAAUAUUUGUCUCAGUAUUUUAAAUGGUUUGCAAACAAUUUAAGAAUUCGCUAUGUAUUUAUUGAUUCAAUAUCUGCAUUUUAUUGGCAAGAUCGAUAUUUAAAUAUUUCUGUUCAAGAAAGAAUGGACACUGUUUACAAACGUAUCACAAAAUUACUUAAAGAAUUCUGUUCUACAUGGUGUUCACUUGCUAUCUGCACUGCAUGGGUUUUAAAUAUGUCCAAAGAUUUUAAUCCUUAUAUAACUGACAUACGAAAUUUCACUAUUUCUGACGAUUCUUUACAAAUUUAUCAUCAUCAUCUUCCUCUUUCUUACACAUCUCAAGUAUCACAUCGAAUCUGCUUCCUUCGAAAAGCAGUUAAUCAACUUUCAUUUGAUUUAGAUUUAAAAAACCUCCUUAUUUAUUCAGAAUAUAGAAAUAAUAUUCUUCAAUUGGGUUUAUAUCACGCAGUAUUUCAACGUUUAUCAAAUAAAGAUUUAACGCUUUCAAAAAGAACAGGAUUUAUACUAAGUAUUAAAAAAAACUAUAUAGAAAUUCAAAAGAACCCAUAA